AUGGAACAGCGGUUCCAGAAAGACCCUGAGUUGAAAAAGCUUUAUGUUGAGUUCAUUAACGAAUACAAGAGCCUCAACCACUGUGAACCAAUCGAUGAAUCACAGGAUCCUCCUAAUCUUGUGAAGUACUACCUUCCUCACCAUGCGGUGUUGAAGCCGAGCAGCUCUUCAACGAAGUUAAGAGUUGUGUUUGAUGCUUCGCCGAAGGCAAAGGGGCCUUCUUUGAAUGACUGUUUGAUGAUUGGUCCAGUGGUUCAAAACGAUCUCUUUUCCAUAAUCCUACGUUUUCGCAAACAUCGCUAUGUGUUCUCCGCCGACAUCAGUAAGAUGUACCGCCAAAUUCAAGUAGACCGUAUCCACACACCAUUGCUUCGAAUUUUCUGGAGAGAAAAUCCUACCGAUCCGUUGCAGGUUCUUGAAUUAACGACGGUGACCUACGGCACAUCUGCUGCGCCAUUCUUGGCCACAAGAUCGCUUCAACAGCUUGCUUUCGAUGAAAGCACUCGCUAUCCGUUUGCCGCUCAGAUUGUUCUUGAAGAUUUUUAUGUUGAUGAUGCCCUGACCGGUGCUGAAACGAUUGAAGAGGCUAUUCAACGUCGUGUAGAGCUUACAGAAAUCCUUAACUGUGGAGGAUUUCCGAUCCACAAAUGGUGUUCUAAUGAACCAGCCAUUUUGGAGACCGUUCCAGAGAAGGAUAGGGAACAGUUUCUGUCGUUCGAAGAUUCAGACAUCAAUCAGGCUAUCAAGACGCUAGGCCUGCUUUGGGAUCCAGCAGAGGAUGUUUAUCGCUUUCGUUUGGAUCUCCCUAGUCUCGGUGGCUGUUCACCGACUAAACGAAACGUCCUGUCGCAAAUUGCGAAAAUCUUUGACCCUCUGGGUCUCAUUUCGCCUGUUGUUGUUUUCGCGAAGAUCAUCAUGCAGCAAAUUUGGAUGAGUAAACUGAAAUGGGAUGAUGUUUUGGAUGGUAAGUUGCUGCAAGCAUGGAUUGUGUUUCGGGACACUUUGAAUCACAUACACGAGAUCAAGAUCCCACGGUUUUUCGGUGCAGUUAAUCCCGUUCGUUAUGAGAUUCAUGGAUUUGCGGAUGCGUCCAGUGUAGCGUAUGGAGCGUGUCUGUACAUUCGCGUGGUCGCUCAGGAUGGAGUGAAAGUGUCGCUUAUAUGCAGUAAGUCGAAGGUUGUUGCAAUCAAAGGAUUGACAAUCCCUCGGUCUGAGCUUUGCGCUGCCUUGUUGCUCGUUCGAUUGUUUUUGAAGGUGUAUCCGGCUGUGAAAAUGGAGUUUGAAUCCGUGCAUUUCUGGUCGGACAGUCAAAUUGUCUUAGCGUGGCUGCGGAAACCUCUACCGCAACUGAAUCUGUUCGUUCGCAAUCGAGUAUCAGAGAUCGUUGAAGGUUCAUCUGGUGCCGAUUGGAAUUACAUCAAAUCUGCCGAAAACCCGGCUGACGUCGUUAGUCGUGGUCAACCUCCUCAGUUGUUGGUGUCGAAUGACCUGUGGUGGCAUGGACCACAGUUCUUGCGUAGUCGUACCUACCGAGUUGAUGAACCCAUGCUUAUUUCCGAUGAUGAACUUCCGGAAUGGAGUCCAGUUACCAAUGCCUCUGCAGUGUCCGUGCCGGAGCCUCUCCCAGUGAUGACGGCCUUCGGUUCUUUUCGAAAACUACAACGUGUGAUAGCGUAUGUGCGAAGGUUUGUAACGAAUGCGAGAUCCGCUAAAUCGCAACGAAUCACGUCGCGAUAUCUAACCGUACAGGAGAUGCGUGAAUCGAUGAAUGUGAUUGUGAAGUACGUCCAGAGAAGCGAGUUUGCAGAUGAGAUCGGUCGUCUUGAAUCGAAAGAACCGUUGCGUCGUCUGGGUAACUUGGGUGUAAUGAUGAGAAACGAUAUCUUGAGAGUUGGUGGUAGGUUGAGGAAUGCCAGUCUGCCUUUCGGUGCGAAGCACCAGAUGUUGCUACCGGAUAAAAACCCGAUUGUCGAAUCGCUGUUGAGAACGCUGCACAGAGAGCUGUUGCACAUUGGUCCGUCCGGUCUAAUCGCUUACGUACGUCAGAAGUUUUGGUUGUUGAAUGCUAGAUCUGUGGCGCGAAAGAUCGUUCGUAGUUGCGUUGUUUGUUUCCGUUGUAGUCCGCAGUUGUUGCAACCGUCGAUGGGUGAUUUGCCACAGGCGCGUGUUGUUCCUGCUCCACCGUUUUUUAAGUCCGGUGUUGAUUUCGCCAGUCCAGUCUUUAUUCGUCAAGGGGGAAGAAAGUCCACUCUUGUUAAGGCCUACAUUUGUCUAUUCGUUUGUAUGGCCACAAAGGCGAUCCACCUAGAAUUGGUUUCGGAUCUGUCCGCCGCAGCGUUUGUGGCUGCGCUGCACCGCUUUGUUGCUCGCCGUGGCCUGGUCGAAGAGUUGUUCUCGGACAAUGGGUCCAAUUUCGUCGGCGCUAAGUCCGAACUGCAUAGUUUGUAUGAGUUGUUCAAAAGCGAUCAACUGCAGGGUAAGCUAAACGAGUUUUGCCAGACCCGUGAGAUUAGAUGGACGUUUAUCCCUCCCCGUGCUCCGAAUUUCGGCGGUUUGUGGGAGGCGGGUGUAAAAAGCACCAAAACCCACCUUAAAAAGGUCCUCCGUGAUGCUUCUUUGACGUUCGAGGAGUAUUACACCGUUUUAACGCAGAUUGAGGCCAUCCUCAAUUCGAGGCCUCUGUUUUCCUCCUCUGCAGACCCCAACGAGCCUGAGGCGAUUACUCCGGGCCACUUUCUAAUCGGUCGCGAAUUGACGGCCAUUCCAGAGCCAAAUCUGGAGGAUACGAAACUCAAUCGAUUGUCUCGUUGGCAGCUCGUUCAGCGGAUUCGUGAUCAUUUUUGGAGACGUUGGUCUCGGGAGUACUUGAACACUCUACAAACUAGGCAGAAAUGGACGAAGGGUUGCAAGAAUGUUAUUCCAGAUACGGUAGUGUUGUUGAAGGAAGACAACAUUCCUCCGCAGUCGUGGAAGUUAGGUCGUAUUGUAAACGUCUACCCAGGUUCCGAUUCGGUUGUUCGUGUCGCAGAUGUCCAAACGGUUAACGGUGUUUUCCGUCGUCCUAUCUCGAAACUCGCCCCUUUGCCCAUUGAACAAAAUCCCCAAUAG